AUGGCUAAAAGAAUCCAGAUGGAGUUCAAGUUAUUAAAUGAAAAGAGCCCAGGCUCUGCUACAGCAGAGUUUAUUGACAACAACAUCAACAAAUGGAAAGUUACUCUUCCGGGUCCAGCGGGAACAGCUUAUGAAGGCUACAAACCCUUUCUUGAAGUUGAGUUACCGGCCAAGUAUCCAUUCGAGAAGCCAUCUAUUAAAUUCUCACCAUCAAUCUACCAUCCAAACGUCGAUGAUGAGAAACUAAUUGGCAAUUUCUGCUGGGGUGAAGACUACAAGACACAGAUGCACAUCUUCGAAAUUAUCCAGACAGCAGCUGAUAUUCUCAAGAAUCCAAACAACGCAUCCCCAAUUAAUAUUAAAGCUGCCCAAGAAUACACCGAGAAUUACGCCCAAUUUGUUAAAACAUGCAAGGCAAAGCUUGCAUCUACACACGGUAAACACUAA